CUUCAUUUGUCAAACGUAUCGAGCCGCUUUCGUUUCGUACACGGCGGUACGGUAUCGUUAGCGUAGUCGACAAGCCGAUAGGCGAUAAUAACAGCGUUUAUUGAAAUUGUACUGGGUAUUAUUGUUCGUGUUUAGGUCGCUACUAUAUACUGUGGUAAAAUAAAAAUGAUUAUAGUGGCAUGUUUAGUGAUUAAAUAACAAUGUAAGUUGAAACUAACGCCGAGUGCAGUGCUGUGAAAGUUCUACCUUGUUGUGUAUUGGUGCUGAUUUAAAAUGACCGAGAAAAAUAAAUCGGAGAAGAUGACUAAUUCAUCGAAACCCGUUCCUAUGAAACUUUUUGCCGCCUGGGAAGUGGACAGGACACCCUCCAACUGUAUUCCAAGGCUGUGCACACUGCGCGUGACGCGACUUCGCGUGUGCGGCGCGCUGGGCGAGGCGGGCGGCGGAGCGGCGGCGGGCGCGGGCGCGGGCGCGGUGACGCUGGCGGCGCGCAUGCACAGCAGCAAGCGCACGCUGCGCUCCAACGACAUCGCCGUGCCGCCCAUGGACGUGGAGCUGGACCUCUGCUUCUCGCUGCAGUACCCGCACUUCGUCAAGCGCGACGGCAACAGGCUACAGAUAAUGCUGCAGAGACGCAAGAAGUACAAAAAUCGCACCAUCCUCGGGUACAAGACGUUAGCUGAAGGCGUCAUCAGAAUGGAUCAGGUUCUCCAGCGGUCCAUGGACAUGGAGUUGGAGUUGACCAGCGUGGGGGGCAAGGUGGGCGCUGGUGCUGGCCAGCCCGUCGCUCGGCUCACCAUCACCGGGCUCGCCUCCACGCCGGUGGACCACGACACGAAGAACAAUAACACCUUGCUCAUUACAGAACGUGGCUACUCAGACGAGGAAGAAGAAGGAGAAUUCAGCUCAGUGGAAGAAGCAGAUGAGAUGACGUACGGCGCGGCGGCAAGGCGGCGGACCCAUCGGCAGCUUGCUUUCAACAAAGGGGACUUAUCUUAUACUAAGCUAUCACGCUCGCGAGAGCUAAGCUUCAUGGAGCGCGAGAGAAAGAUACAGAGCUAUAUACGGUCGAAGGCGCACGACAGGGACAGCGAUAGCGAGCUGGAACACACGGCCAAGCGCAAGGGCAGCCGCGGCAAGCUGGCGCAACGCAACCUGAAGCAGAAGUUCGCAGCGCUGCUGCGGCGCUUCCGCGUGCCCGAGGAGAUGGGCGAGCGCGGCGCCGCGCGCGACACGCACCACGCGCAGCGGGACAUCGACGAGCUCUUCCACGAGUUAGAGUCUCUAUCAUGCGGCGAAGGCGAGGACUCGGGGCCGGACCAGAUGGACACGAUCAGCAUUGGCUCCACCCCCAAACCCUCGCUGCGGCCGUUCUUCAGCAGCUCGCGGAGCCUGGCCAAUCAGGAGCACCAUCGACAUUCCAACGUGACGCGGCACGCCAGCCUCGCGUCAACCACAGAGCUGCGCCCGCGCGACCGCCCCGCCGCGCCGCUCACAGCAGAAUCAGAAGUGGUACGCAGCUCGGCGGGCGACGAGCGUGGGAGCGAAGGUAACAGUGAUGGUGACGCUACACUGGACGCGCCCGUCUCUGGUGCAUCCGUUUCUAGCUCGCCGCCGAAUGAAACCAAGGUGUACUGCAAGGAGGACAAGAGGUCAAGGCUGUUUCGCAGCGCAACGAGCGGCGGUAACCUAACGCCGGCGGCCGCGGCCCGCAAGAAGAAUUCGCUCGUCAUCGGCACUGAGAGACCGCUGUCUGCUCACGAUCUGCCCGCGCAGAGCCCUACUUCUCUUGAGCCUCGUCGCACAAUGCUGGAGCAAGUCAGCCGUAUACUGGGCGAGGAGGGGCCGGUCCCCGAGUGCGUGGCCGUGGCGCCGAGCAGCAUGGCGCGCGUGUUCCAGGCGCUCGCCGUGCCCGCGGUGCUGGCGCCGCCGGGCGUGAUGCCCGACGUGCGCCCGCUGCUCCACGCGCUGCUGGCCCGCGCUGCUAAACAGGGUGUGCGGCGCAGCGUGCGCGUGUGCGUGUGCGGCGGCGAGGCGGCAGCGGCAGCGGCGUUGCGCGCGCACGCGGAGCUGUCCGCGAGGAGACACGACGCGCCCGCGCUGCGGUUCUAUAUCGUGCCCAAUGGGCCGAACACUGUGUCGCGCUGGCUGGGCGCAUCGGACAACGCGUACGCGGCGCUGUUCUGCGGCGAGGCGUGGGCGUCGCUGUGCGAGCGCGCCGCCGACCCCGGCAUGCCGGACAUCGCCGAGAUGUCCUCCAGGGUUGCCAGGUAUUUAAACAGCAUCGGCCCAGUCAACAACAUACCGAUCGGAGAAGCGAUGGUCGCGUACCGAGAGAAGUCUGGCGACGAGGACUCCAGCCAGACUUUCGUACCAUUCGUUGCUGAGGUGCGAGUCGGUUGCGGCGAGGGCGGGCCCUCGUCUCUGGAGCUGGAAGACGGCGGGUCUCCCCCCGCGCGGCCCUCGCCCCCCGCCACGCCGGCGCCCGUGCCCACCCCCGACCUGGCUCCGCCGCUUGCUCUGUCGCGGACUGAACCGCUAGAACUGCAGCUGGAUUAUUGGCUGGUCGGUGCGCGCUGUGCGGACGGAGGCGGCGGCGGCGCGGAGGGCGGCGGCAAGGUGACGCUGAAGGGCUCCUUCCGCGCCUUGCUGGUCACUCGCCACAAUCACCACCUCUGCAUUACUUACCUCACUAAGGAGAAAAAACAAAAAAUAAUGAGGUUGGGUAAGAAGAAGGAAAAGAGUGGAGAGACUGAGUCGGGGCGCGCACAAACCGUCGAGGGGGUCGCUCGACUCAUCUGCUCGGUCAAGGGGUCGCACAACGCGCCUCUCAAAGUAUACAUCGACGGCACAGAGUGGAACGGUGUGAAGUUCUUCCAGUUAUCGACGCAAUGGCAGACGCACGUCAAAACGUUCCCCGUCGCCACGUGCGGCGCGCCCCUCGCCCCGCCCGAGACUUAAUAACUACGACUCACAGAGUUAUGGUGUCCCAUGCUUUGGCUUCAUAAAAGCCCAUAGAAGCCUAACUUCGGCAGUUUUUGUAGAGCUUGAAAAAGUUUGAUUCAAUGCUGAGAGUUUUUAACGAAAAAUUUUGCGUGCAUUACCAUCAACUAAUAGCGAAAUAAAUGGCUUCCAAAAUAUCUCUAGAAUGGACUAGAUGUUGAAAUACCCUCAUUUUUGUAUAAAAUUAAACUCCAGAUUAACUUAGAAGGAAGCAGAAAGAGUCGCAAAAUCUGUCGUCAGAGAAGUUCCUCUUUAGGCUUAGCAAUUAGCAUGCGUCAAUGACGUAUCUCGUGAAGAGAAAGACAUUGUCGACCAAUAACGGUGGAAUUUGAAUAUUGCCCUCUCUUUCAUCCCAACGGAAUAAAAGAGAGAGGUACAUAGGUUAUAUUUACGGUUGCGUCGCUAUUGUUUGAUAUUUGUGUUUCUAGCAUCUCGAGACUUUAGAUAUCGAGAAAUAUUGACAUUUUCGAUAUAUUAAAAUAAAGUAUUCGCUACCAAUUGAUGGCUAAUUUUAUACAGGCACAUUAAAAUAUUCAGCAUUGAAAUAUUAGAAAUGGAUUCAAAAUGGAUCAAUCUCUUUCCGUAUUGAUUUUUGAACUCUUUUAGACGGUACUAUUUCAGCUCUUCGUGUCGGCUUAAACAAACAAACAUACAUUAUGUAGUAGGGUGUCCAUUAUCUGGAAAGUUUGUUAAUAGAUGUUUCGGAAUAAUAAUGAGUGUCAUGUUAAAAAUAUAUGUAUUAAGAUGAAGAGAAUGAACAGAGUUUAUACUCGACUAGAUUUUGUUUUUGGUAGCUGUAUUAUAAAUACAUCUGUAUUUUUAGUGUUUUUUUAUGUAUCAGUCAGUUAAUGGCUCCAGCUGAGGAAUUAUAAAAUAUAUUAUGUAAAUUAUUUAAACCUGACACCACAAUACAUUUACAUACAGCGCUUGUGUUGUGUAGUAUAACAAUGAAAAUGCGUGUUUUAGCACUAAGUGUUACCAUAUUUAUAAACAUGGAUAAAGAUUUAAACCACAAUUUUCUUCAAAGUAGUGAACUUUAAACACUAGUGAUUAGUUCCACUUUAAUUUAAAGAAAAUUGAGUCUAAAAUUUUAAUCCAUGUUUAUAAAUGUGGCUGCUACAUGGUAUCUUGCGUUCGUUCAUAAAUAUACUCAGAGGCACAAUUAUCCGCUCUCUUUAAUAUGACGUGAAUAUAUUCAAGUGGGCGGAUAAUUGUGCCUCUGAGUAUACAUACAUAAGCACAAAGUCAAUGUGUUGAGAUAUCAGCUAAAAUUAAUCUAUGUAUAGAAGUACAUAGUAUUGAUGUUCAUAUAUAAACGAUUUUUUUUGUUGUAAAUAAACUUGUAUUGGACACUCUGUAGAAAUUGUUGCAGAAAAAGAUUGUACGCCGAAAAGCUGCAAAAAAUGAGGCUCUAAUUUGUAAUCCUAUAGUCGAAAAUAGUUUAUCUCAACUUUAAUCCCAUUUAAUUAUACUAUAAUAAUAUUAUUAAUUAGUAACGCUGUUACUUAUUAUUUUACGCUGUCGAGCUGCCAUGGUUUUUUUAGCGUAGGCUUUUGUUAUGUGACUUUGAAUCCUAUUCGGUUCAACGUAGAGUCCCGAUUCCGUUGUAGAUUAAUUAGUACGUACGCAGCUGUGUUUACAAGUCGAGUUGCAUAAUGAAGGCUCAAUAACCACGUUAACUAUGCAUUAUAGUCAUUUCAUAGUUUUUAGUAUAAAAUAUUUAACGUAUAGAUAUUCAAUGUACUCAAUAUAUAAAAUAUAUAUCGAGGAAUUUAUGGUUCGUGACAUUUCCAUGUAAACAUAGGUUAGGUGUAUCGGAGUGUAAAUGAAUAAAACCGAAUUUCGUGACGUAUUUUCGGCACAUAUCAGAUAGUUGCGUGCUGGGCGGUGAGCGCGAUUUUAAUUUUAUCUGUGAUUUCUGAAUGCAGUUGUUUUUUUUUUUUUAAGUGAUAGUCGAUUGGUGAAUAAUUAUUUUGUACUUUUUUUUUAUAAGUGCAACGGCGAUCCGUUAGCGUAGGAAGCAAUAGCUUUGGUACAGUCAUGGAGUGUUUUUUGAAAUACUUUAGAUUCUUUAGGAUAAAAUCUUCCCUAUUCAUAGUAUGCGCGAUCUACGGAGAUACCUAGUCCCGAAACAUUUGCCAAUUAGUCGCGAUCAACAAGCGAGCAGUAUUAUCUUGGCUAAAUUUUGAAAAUACAUUUUUCGUUUACAAUUUUGUACGUUCCGAGCCAGCUUGGGAAGCUAAUUUUAUAUUGCUGCGGUUCUAUACUCAUAGGCACAAUUAUCCGCCCACUUUAGUAUACGCGACGUAUAUUAAAGUUGGCGGAUAAUUGUGCCUCUGAGUAUAUUAUGAAUAGGGGCUUGAUUCAGUUAUAAGCCAUCGACUGUUUCAUGAUAUCAUAUUAAUAUAUUAAUAUUCUCAAAUUUAAUCGUAUAAUAUAUAAAUGUUUAGCAUGUAAUAAGUGUUCAUAUUAUAAUCUGUGGAUUUUAAUGUAAUUAUAUACGCCAACAGGCUCUUAUGGGAUAGAACCCAGAGCCGCGUAGACAGUUAAAAAAAAUAUAAGUCAACGAAAAAAAUUACGGUUUAUUUAACUGAUUACUGAUCGGAGUGUGACUCGCAAGUGGAAAAUUGGCAGAGCGCAAUUUUUUAUUCAAUAAUAAUUAUUAAGCUAUGUAUAAAAGAGAAAAGUUUGUCAAAUAUUAAAAUGAACUUUGUGGUCAUCUAUUCGAAAUUAGCAGUGAUCCAAUAUAAAUACCUAACUUAUAAAAAUAAACUAUAUCGUAGUUAGUGUGCGAAAAUCGAAACAAAUAACACCACUGUAAAAAUGUACCUUAAUCAUCUUGUUUUAAGGUAUACAUUUAAUUAGCGCUGCUAGCAUGUACUUUAUAGUGGUACGGUUUUUACAACAAAGAUCAGGAAGUUCUGUGACGUUGUUUAUAAAACUCGAUAGUUGAGUUUCAAUGACUAACUCUCUUUAUCUCUCACAAUACUACAGAUAGAGAGAGAUAUAUGGAUGAAUUCGAAACUCACCCUGUCGAGUUAAUACAUACAUGCGUACAGAUACGCAAGUUUCUAUUUACUCUGAAGUCCGGUUUUAUUGUAUCCUCAGACCAAUUACAUUUGGACUUGUAUCGCACUCAAAUUGUCUGUCGUUUUUGAGGGGGACGAGGUAAAGUCACACGUCGAUAACAAAUAUUUAACACCAAUCAUUGGCGUAUCUAGGAUUAUUUCUAGGGUGGGCCUGGCCCACCCUAUUUUUUUUCUUUGAAUAUUUUGUAAUUUGGUGUCUAUCAUAUAGUUUUAAAUCGGUAGCCCAGAAUUCUAGGGUGGGCACGGCCCACCCGUCCUUUCCCCCCCCCCCCCCCCCUCUAUAUACGCCUAUGACACCAACAAAUAUAUCAUGUGUUCUUACACUACACACAACCAGCGCCGGCCCGAAGUAAAUUUUAGAAUGGAGCGAGAUCUAAUUAUGGCGUCUCUCCUGUUUGCUUCUUAUGAUAUAAAAUAUCUAUACCAAUUGUGAGUGCAAAGUAAUGGAACGUGAAGAUCUCGACCAUAUUCUGGAGUGUCGAGCGUUCUUUACCGUUUAGGCGCCCUCUAGGAUUUGGCGCCUGGAGCGACUGCUCCGUUCGCCGUAUGGGCAGGCCGGCCCUGCACACAACUAUAAAUUAAAAUCGUAAUACACACACCCGUAAUUUAACACAAUGAAACAUCGAUUCUAUAGACACAGUAUAAACACGUUUGAUCGUGAUCAUGUACUUUUGACAUUGGUGUAACGUCUUGCGUGGCAGGUCCAAUGGUAAUUGGUCUGAGAUUGUAUCUAAUAAAUCAACGCAUGCAGUAUUUUAUAAAAGGGUGGAAGUAGACUGGUUUAACGGCGUAUUGUCGACACAAGGUGCUCUUCCAAAUUUUUUUUCUAUGAUAUCUUUAUAUGCUGUUUAUAAGCUACAUUCGAGCCUGUUAUCUCAAAAUGUGCGAUGAGUUUGAGCUGCAAGUUUUGCGUGUGCCAAAUUUUAUUUCAUGGGGGGAGUUGGGAAAUUCAUUUGCGGGCUUCAUCAAUCACCAUUGUAAUAAAUCUUUCGGUCGAAUUAAAAUAGAGUUAGAUCGCGACUAUCUACCCUCAAUUUACUAAUAAUACGUUUAGAAGUUUUGUUUCGGUCCUGAUAUAGUGUUAGAAUGCAAAAGCUACGUCACGGCCAAGCCGAGACGUAUCCCUGGGCCUGUAGCCAUAUGGCACGUCGAUUCUCUUUCUACCAACGCUAACGCUUUGAAAAUUAUUUAUCGACAGGUCACGUGAUGAAUUUGUCGAUCGGAUCUUAGCGUUUGUAGAAAGAGGAUGUGCCACAUGGCUUAGGCCCUUGAAGAUGAAAUAUAAUAUAUUGACGCCCUGUACGCGUUUCCAGAACUGCAGUAUGCGUGCUUCAUGUCUUAUUAUAUAUUCUAUCGGCUUUAAUUCGUCAGUUCUGAAUAUUUUGCCUAACUUACAAUAUGCUUAUAAUACAUAUAUUCGCCUUCAAUGAUGUUAUAAAUGUGUAAGACGUUUUUAUUUAUUUAAUUUCAAGGGAGAGUAGUAGGUUUUACAAUCAUCUGAUAAGUGUUGUAUUGUCUAAACUUGAGUUUUGCCACUUUCCAAUGUCAUAUAUCAAGUGUUGUCACUUUCCAAUGUCAUAAGUUAAGUGACGGAGACAAUAUUUGUGAAUAAGCUAUCCAAUACUUAUCAGAAGGUAGGAAAACAGGCCGUAAGACUAUUAAGUUUGAUUGUGAACAUUUCUGAAUGAAGUAAGAAAAGACAGACAAAAAAUUAAUUGAAAGCUAUAAAAUCUUCUAAAGAUUUAAAAGCUCAUGUGUCAGAAUUAAACGAGGAAUAAAGCAUUUUAGUAAACUGAAAUUCUUGCAUGUGCAAUUUAGUAUGGCAAUGUUUGUUAGUUAUUGUGUGUAAUGUAAUCUCUCUCUCCGCGUCGUGUUCCUCAUUACUGAGGGUCGUGACCCCUAUCACACAUUCAUAACUUUUUUCCGCACGAUGUCACGCCAUGCGGCUCGGCUUUUCGCGACUUGUAGAGCAUCGUGUACUUUUGUAUCGAGAGUGGUGCGGAUUUGAUCUGACCAACGCAUCGGGCUACGUCCCCGAGGUCUCUUUCCUUCCACUUUGCCAGUGAUAACAAGUUUCUCUAGGUUAUCUCCUUCUCUCCUGCCAAUGUAAUCUAUUUACCUCUAUUUAUAACAUCAUUGUCCGCUAUUAUCUACUCAACAAUAUCUUAACCUUUUCUACUAUUAAUAGAAUAAAAUACAAUCACACAAAUUUCUUGGACAAUAGUCGGUGUAUCUUAGAUGUGUAUACAAUUAAAGUCAAUGUUAGUUUAAGAUGUGUGUAUCAAAUAAUAAACUAUGUAUUACUGUAUGCCAGGCCGUGUUUAGAUGUGUACAAAAUAAAUUUAAGUUCUCAGUGGAUGGUUAAAGCUUAGUAAAUUAAUUCGAUACGAAUUUGUUUCUAUCUUUUUCUAUCUAUAAUGUUAUACAGAUAGAAAAGGAUUCUAGAUUUACAAUGUGGAGUCAUAAAAUCGUUGUUACAGAAUAGUAUUAUAUCACACAAUACUCUCUGAACACUUAACGGACACAAAAUGUAUGUACUUGUGUAUAUCUAAGUUUUUUUUCAACUGGCACCUUAAGACUUUCACGUAUUUUGCUUGUUAAGGCCGGCCGCGUACUUUCGUUUUCCGAAUCCGUUUUCCGUGUUCGGAAAACCGAAUGCAUGAAAUCAGUAUAAAAUACAUUAAAUGACACACACGUAUGUUUUUUUCCGAACGGAACAAAUUCCGCGCGUACGUAACGAAUGCGAGUCCAUGCGAGAAUAUGCAUUCCGAAUGUAGAAAAACGUUAAGUCUGCGGUAGUUUCACGGAAUUCCAAAUCUAAAUUACGCAUUAGGAAAACGAAUACGAAAAAUGAGUGUAUGUGGCCGGCCUUAAUAUCUAUGAUGUAAAUGACGUGACGCUGACGUCGCACUGUGCGUGACGCUAACGUCACACUGUGAAGUUAGUCUGACCAUGAAGUUUUUGCAAUUUAAAUGAUGUAUCUUAGGAUGCAUAGAUUAUAGACAAGUAUAAAAACAAAAGUGUGAAUGUGUGAAAGUGCCAGAUAAAAAAAUUUUAGAUAUAAUUGUAUAUUAGAAGUGAUUACUUCAUCCGUGAAUGUUAAGGUUUCUUAAGGAUGGUUAUAAAAGUCUUCAACAAACCAAUUUUAUAAAGCAGAACAUAUUGUUUAGGAGUAAUAUAAUGUGGGAUUACGUUCAAACACACAUACCUACAUAUCCCUUUAUUUCUUUAAAUAUUAUUUAAUUUACUCUUUUUGUAUUUUUAAUUCAGUUUAAUAAACAAACUUUUGUCAAACUUCAUGAUAUCAAACAAAAUUGUUUUAUCAUUUUGAAAGUAAUUCCAUGAUUAAUAUAUGUUGAUAAUGGUUCUAACAAUUUGCCACAUUGUAUUACUUGGAAGCUUACACUGAGAAUUACGUUUAUGUGUCAUCAUUAUGAUGAGUGCUUAAUGUUAUUGUUUAAAAUUAAUAAUGUUGGUCUAGUCUCGUACGUUCGCAUUCAAAAUACGUUUGGAAAACUUGGUUCUUUUUUGUUUUAGAUCCUGUUUGGGGUAUAGAGAUAGUUUUACCUCAGUGCGCGCGGCGCUACGUGUGCGUGCGCUAUUAUGUGUGUGUGCGUGCGGCACUAUAUGUACAUGCGACACUACGUGUGCGUGUGUCUAUGAGUGCGUACGGCUGCGUGUGCGUGCGAUUGUAACAAUACAGUUUUAAUUUGUGUUGCAGUGACGCGUCAAGGUCCGUUUAUAUCUACAGACACGUGCCAGACACGUGCCGUGGCAGACAAAAUAAUAUUCUUCAAUAGUGUUUAUUAACAUCUAAUAAACACUAUUUGAUAUUUAUCGUAACGCAGCCGCGCACGGCGCAGACGUUGUAGUCCUUUUCAUGAACCUGAAAUAAAAUUGACAGCGCCUUACCCAAAUGACAAUAAGACCGCCAUUACCAAAUGACAGUGUCUGGGAACUUCUUUCAUAAAUAGGACUUUACGUGUCUCUAGCUACCUGCUGGUCAGUAUGAAUAGACGGUGUCUGUGGGUGUCUGCCACGCUACUUGUCUGCGACGCACUGUGUCUGUAGAUAUAAACGGACCUUUAGUCGUCGUCCGAGCAAAUCUUGUUACGAACACUAGUUAUUGUUCAUAUACAAUGGUUAACCAUAUAUAGCACCGCGCGCAAAUAUGAGAUCAAUUUGCUGUACACGUUAUGUGUUGAUACACGUGAAUGAUUAAAUACUGCAUGUGAGCACACAGCUAAUAAGAAUCAGCUGUUACUUGUCAGAAUUAAUUUUUCGGCCAAAUUUGACUUCUGACAAUAUUACUUAUGUCAAGACACAACUGUGUAUCGUGUAUACAAGUUGUUCUACUUUCGGAAGACGAUUUGGUUUUGGAUGUAGUGUAGGAACGUCAGCAGAAACGCUUUGGUAAUUUAUUUGGAGUGAUACAGGAUGAGGCGUGUGACAUCGAAAUAGUUGCUUAGUAACCAGUCAGACGGUUUCAACGGUCCAUCAGUUUCAUACUUAAAUGUGCUUAUCUGUAAACCCUACCACAACAAACUAAACCAAAAUGUCUAUAAUGUGCGAAAGAAUAGUAAUGUGCAUUCAUGUGAAUUGACAUAUAACUUGCAAAUAUUGAUGUUGCAAUUGCAAUUUACUAAUAAACAAUAACUGAUUUUGUAUUAUGAAAUAAACGCACAAAUAAAUAACUUAUUAAACUUAUAGUACAGGAAAUCUAGAAAAAAACGUAUAAGAUUUAUCAUUAUAUUAUCAUUAUAAAUAUUUAUAAUCUUAUUUCCUAGAUUUCCUGUACUAUUGUACCUUGCUUCUUCCAUGGUAAAUCUGAAUAGUGUUUGCCAUCCAAAUAGCAAUAAAACAAAAAAGAUUUCAUUAAAGAAACAUUUCCAUCAAAUAAUGAAUAAUUUUGAGGCGUAGGCAAGUGCAUGAUAACAGCAUUGUAAUAUAUUCAGUUUCAUAGUGUUUUGAAUAAACUAUCAAAUAUUAUUAUGUUGUUUAGUAUAAUAUGAUCUCAUAACCCCUGACUGACUUGACAAUUUAAAUUUUCUAAUAAUUAUUUGGCUGUACUGCAAAGGAUGAAUUGUUAUGCAUUAUAGGAAAGUAUUUAAUACAACUUGUAAUCAUUUAUUCUGUAAUUAAUAUUCAUCACAAAUAUAAUUUUAGCCGCGAUACGGCGCAUAGAUAUCCUUUUUAGUGUUAGAGUUUUUCUAAGUUUAAUUAAAAUAGUACAAAAAAUAUUAUAUUUACGUUACUUAUAACAUCUUACUUUAUUUUAUAAAUUUUGAUGAUCAAAUUUCAAAGAAGCAGUGAAGGUGCAAUAAAUCAAAUGUACUGUUUUAUGUAUCAUUAUUUUGUUUUACAGUGACUUGGUGUGUCAACAUUAUUUCACUUCUAGAAGUUUAAGUUAAGUCGUGAGAUUUAUUAAUUUUAUCACAAUGAUUUGCAAAUAUGAUUUGUAUUUAUUGUACAAAUAAAAUUUUGCAUUAAAUAA